CUCUGCAGCCUCACCGAAUCUCUGUUACUGAGGGUUCCAGUGCCCUGCUGUUUGUUUGUUUUUUUUAUGUGACGGUACUGCUUAUUUUUCACUAGACAUGAACGAAAACCGCCAACAAUACACCUGUCCACCACGAUCACGGAAGGGAAACCGGAAACCGAGACGCAGGGCAUGCGACUCUUGCUGUAUGAAAAAGAUCAAAUGUGAUGCAGUUCUCCCUCAGUGCAAUUGGUGCGAGCAUCAUAAUCUCGCUUGCACCUACAAUCGACUCCGAGGACAGAUGAACACGAGGCUUGACAAAAGGCGUAGUGCAUCUAAGCCACUUGGUGAACCAAUUCUCCAAAGUUCUGAUACCAUACGGUAUCUGAGACCAGGGAAUGCAUUCUUGAACAAUAUCACCUCCCUCGGGGGUACCAUAUAUUCUCAGACCAAGGCCGAAGAUGGGUAGAAUCUCAGCUUGGAGAAAAAGUCAAUUUUGAUAAAGUAUUUUCUCUCGAACUUCACGGACUAAAGCCGUCUGAUUCGCAUACGAAUCCCGAUGGCUCUUUUCUUCGGCGCCCUGAACUUCCGGGCAGAGCGAGUGUGGAAAGGUAUAUCGAGGUCUAUAGCUCAUCCUUCCCAAGUCGCGUUUUCCCCGUGAUUAGCCGGUCAAUGUUCGGGAAAACACUGGACCUCGCCUAUAAUCCCCUGCAAGUCGCAGGUUCCGCUAGUUCCAAAGCGUGCGUGUAUGCGUUUCUCUCUCUCAUAUCAUUGUUUGGCUUCGACAAUAAUACGCAUGGAAGUAUGGAUUGCCAGACCUAUGCCUCGAUGGUGUACGACUUCACGACGGCAGUAAUCCAGGAGUCAACGGUAGAUGGCCUCCAGUCAUUGAUCAUGCUGGUGCAACACCAAUACUUCAUAGGCGAUCUCCUUUCCGCAGCUGCAACAUUAUCGAUCGCCACGCGUCUUUUGUAUACGCUUGGGGCCCAUACGUUGUAUGCCGGCGAGCCCUCGAACACUUCUUCAUCCACAUACAACAAAGGCAACUUGAGAUGCCACCUGCGGGAUCUAUUUUGGCUUUGUUACUCUUUCGAUAAAGAUUUAUGUCUCAGAAUUGGUCAACCGCCCUGUAUACUUGACACACAUUGCGAUCUCACUCUGCCUUGCGACUAUGUGCGGCUACAUAACAUCAACUUACGCGGAAAUAUGUCACAGGUAGAUGAUGAGACCAUUCCACUUUUUCCCUGGGACCUCCGUCUCUCGUUGCUGAAAUCGAAGGUGUACGAGAGAUUAUACAGCGCUCAUUCUUUUCGGCAGUCCGAAUCAGAAUUCUUAUCAAGCAUCCGCAGCCUUGACGAAUCACUAGAGCAAUGGAGGCGAUCUCUUCCAGAGGAGCUCCGUCCGACCUUAUACGUUUCCCAGGAGACAUCUGUGGCCGCCAACUUGAACACGUCAGCAGUGAUGUUGAGACUUGCGUACUAUCAUUGCGUGGCAGUAAUCCACCAAGCCAGCAGCAAAUUUCAAGAUCCCACAACCGAUAUUCCGGGGCCAAGGCUCGACAACAUCACUUCCAGUACAAGUCUUUCCACUGCUGCGAGCCGUUCAACACUGUCUUUUCUUCAUAAAGUGUUAUACGUCGUGCACCCCGAGUGCGUGUGGUAUGGGUACCGACCCUUAAUAUUCAGCGACUAUUCAUAA